GUGGGGGCAGUGAGUUUGCAGGCGCGGCCCGGCCCGCGCCCCCCCCAUGCCCCCCGCCAUGUGGGAGGUGCGCUCCCCCUCUUUCUGGAGGGCCGUCUUCGCUGAGUUCUUCGCCACCAUGAUCUACGUCUUCUUCGGGCUGGGCUCGCUGCGCUGGGGGGUUGGACCCCUCAACGUGCUGCAGGUGGCCCUGGCCUUCGGGCUGGCCGCGGCCACCCUGGUGCAGGUGCUGGGCCACGUCAGCGGGGCCCACGUCAAUCCAGCCGUCACCUUCGCCUUCCUCGUGGGCGCCAGCUCCCUGCUCCGCGCUGUCUUCUACAUGGUGGCCCAGGUGCUGGGCGGGGUGGCCGGGGCGGCCGUGCUCUACGGGCUCACGCCGGCUGCCAUCCGCGGCAACUUGGCACUCAACACGAUCCACCCCAGCGUGACCCUGGCCCAAGCCACCACCGUCGAGAUCUUCCUGACGCUGCAGUUCGUCCUCUGCUUCUUCGCCACGUACGACGAGCGGCACGACGGGCGCACGGGCUCGGUGGCGUUGGCCAUCGGCUUCUCCCUCGUUCUGGGACACCUCUUCGGAAUGUACUACACAGGAGCCAGCAUGAACCCUGCGCGGUCCUUUGCCCCCGCCAUCAUCACCCGCAACUUUGCCAACCACUGGGUGUACUGGGUCGGGCCCAUCCUAGGGGCCACGCUGGCUGGCCUCCUCUACGACUUUGUCCUCUGCCCCCGGAUGCGGGGCCUGGCCGAGCGGCUCGCCAUCCUCAAAGGCGAGCAGACGGCAGGGCCAGGCCCCCUGGAGUCCCCCGGGGAGCCCAUGGAGCUGAAACGCAGGCACGAUAAAGAGGAGCCCGGGCAGCGCCCCCCUGACACGCUGCGCCCCCGGGGCGGGGACGGAACCAGCGGCAAAGCCUGGCCCAGUAUCCGGACUGUAGUUCUGACUGGCCAGUAGGAAUCACAGCGGAGGGGAGAUGGAAGGGACUGAAUGUGCUGCGCUCACUCACGGGGGAUGUAAGGGGAAUCCGGGGGACCCGCGGGGGGCGGCAGGAGGGGGGUCCGGUAUCUCUUUGUUGUUGUUGUUUUUUUAAUUUAAUUCUCUCUCUUUUUUUUUUUUUUUGCUGUGAUAAAACCUUGGAAAUAAUUGUACUUGGUGCUGGGGAUGCCCCCCCCGCCAUGGAACUGCCCCCAGGGUCCAGAACUGCCCCCAUGUGUGGGUGCUUUUGUGUGUGCGACCGGGGGAGGGGGAAGGAAAGGGUUAAACUAGAUCUAUGCCCCCACAGCUUUCCCUUACCUGCCCCCCCCCCGGUGUGUCAAUCCUGACAGUGAAUUUAAUUCUCCAUCCCCCCAAAAAAAACCCUUUUUGGAGGCAGUAUAAUCUAGCGGUUAGAGCAGGGGGGGCUGGGACUCAGGACUCCUGGGUUCUAUUCCCAGCUGAGGAAGGGGAUUGAGGUC